UCCAGCUCGGACUGCUUGGACAUAAGCGGCAUGGCCCCGCUGCAGAUCACGCCGCCCUCCGAGAAGAAGCGGGUCCUCAAGCGGCCACCCAUCCUGGAGGACUACAUCAACGUGACGUCCACCGAGGGCACCAGGGUCUUCAUGGUCGUGAGGGAUGAUUCCUCCAGGACAGGGGUGGAGCUCCCCGAUUCCCUCGGCUGGAACGCACGCAGGCCGCUCCACUUGCUGGGGGUGCCUUUCUCCUACCUGAAGGAACAAGUGGAUGAAGAGCGUCGAAGGCGUGUUCUGCAGGCGUCGCAGCAGCUGACAGACAUAAUAAACAGUUGCCUUGAGAGCCAAACCAGUGCCGAGAGCCCGGAGCUCACCGGGGAAGCGGAGCCAGCAGUCGAGGAGGAGUCUGUGCUGCAUUGCCUCUGGGUGGACAAGUUUACUCCCCGGCGCUACAUGGAGCUGCUCAGUGAUGAUUACACGAACCGCUGCCUUCUGAAGUGGCUCAAGCUCUGGGACACGGUGGUGUUUGGGAAGGAGAAGGCUGUGAAGAAGGCCAAGCCCAGCGCUGAGGCUCAUCCUCCAUUCAGCCAGCCCAAGGAGCAGCAGAAUAAGUGGAAAACGAAGGUCCAGCUCACAGAGGAGAUACUGGAGGCUGAGCUGGACCAGCACAAGAGACCCAAAUACAAGGUAGCCCUGCUCUGCGGCCCGCCCGGCUUGGGAAAGACCACGCUGGCCCACGUCAUCGCGAAGCAUGCGGGGUACAACGCCGUCGAGAUGAACGCCAG